UUUUGUGACCGUGUUUGGAAAAGAGCAUCAUGGUUAUGUUCGAGGAAUGGGACUUGGUCCAACACCAUCUCAAAUUAAUGGUUCUAGUUCUCGUCCUUCAGUAUCAACUUCUUCAUCGACUGCUGAUGCCAAAAUAGCUAAGAUGCAAAGCGAAAUUGAUGUGCUAACUAAAGAAGUUGCUGAAGUUAAUGAGCUUAAAGCUAAAGUUGCUGAAUUUGAUGCAAUGAAGGAACAAUUUGCUCUUAUUAUGGCUAAUAUGCAAAACCAGGGGUAUAACAUAGGAUCGCCGUUUGAAGUACGACGCUCUUUUGAGUCUAGUCAUAAUGUUGAGGGUAAUCAAGCAACUCCAGACGAUUCUACUUAGAUAUAUAAUUUUUGUUUAGGCGUGUUGAACUUUUGAUGUCACGCUUUUCUAUUUGUUUUAAUUUUGAUGUACUAGGCGCAUGUGUUGUGACCUUCGUUUUUGUUUUUUGUUAUGUACUAUUUAGGUUGCAUGUGUCA